AUGUCCUUAACGUUCACUGUCAUGAUGAUGCUUCUGGGAUCUUCAGUGGUGAUUGCAUUUGUUUUGCAGCCAUCCAAGGAAAAUCCUGCAACUUCUGAUACCUCUGCUGUUUCCCAUCACAGGUGCCAGGGUGAAUCAUUGCAAUCCAUCAGGAAGGGUCUCCUCGGGGCUCUCAACUUACAGGCUGAGCCACGGCUGCCUGCAGGUGGGCUGGACAGAAUCAGAGAGCAAUGGAAGAGCACCUUCAGUGGCACUGCACAAAGUGCCCUGGACACUGCAUUCCCAGCAGUGUCUGGCUACUCUGUGUCACCUGAUGAUGGAAACAGUACAAGCAUGAAGUGCUGUUCCAUGACCUCAGAAAUCUUCAUGAAAGAUUUGGGCUGGGACAGCUGGGUGGUCCAUCCUGCUAGCCUUACCAUCGUUCAGUGUGCACUGUGCAACCCUGAAGUGAGCCCUGUGCAGUGUCCAUCAUCCCACACCAAUGUCCUGGAUCCUGACUCACAGGUCCAGAUGCCAUGUUGUCAGCCCACCUCCCAGGAAAUGGUGCCCAUCGUCUAUGUGGACCAAUUCAGCACCCUCGUCAUUUCGUCCGUGCAGUUGACCCGGAGCUGCAGCUGUGGACCUGGCAACAUCCAGCAACCCAGCGCAGAGUAAUCUGUUCAUAAUCUUGAGUAUGUGACAUCUGUGAGCCAACGGGUGCAGACGCAACAACAUAAAAUUAAUAAAAAGUCAAUAAUAUCAUUAUAUGUCUUCUCUCACAAACACUUUAGCUACUUUUUCCUUGACAGUUUUUUCUUUAAUUGUGGAUGUUGUCUUAGGUCCUUAAUGUAUAUAGCACUUAGCAUGGAAAACACUGCAAAGUCUGGUAAAAAACUAAGUUUUGCAUUCCUGUUUCUCACUUCUAACCAGAAAGAAUCAUACAAGUGCUAGUAUUUGUUUGUUGAGCCAGCCAACCAUAAACUGAUCAGUCAUUGUUUUAGUGGUGUAGGUGACUGAGCCUAAUCAUACCUUAUUGCUCUAAAAUCAUAAUCAGCAUUUGUGUGCUAUUGUGUUAAAUCAACAUUUACAAACAAUUAAGAUUAGAUAGAUUUUGCAUUGCAUAGAAAAUGCAUGUCUAUAGGUAAAUCCAAGUAUUUCUCAAGCACUAAGAGCUGCAAACAGCUAAGUUGUGCUGCUGACACACUUGUGAUAAAUGCUGCCAGUUUAUCUUCAAAUAAAUCUCAUGAGUGUACAGCGCUAUUUAAAGCCACUAAUCGUUACUGAGUGUUCCCUCCA